AUGCAGACUGCUUCUACAAACAUUUGUGAAAGUCUGUGCAAUAAGUCCAUCCAUGAAUUGUCGUUGCUACUAAAUAUUCCACAGUCAACUGUUAAUUGUAUUAUAACAAAUUUGAAGCAACUUGGAACAAAAGCAACUCAGCCACGAAGUGGUAGGCCAUGUAAAAUGACAGAGCAGGGUUAGAGCAUGCUGAAGGACACAGUGCGCAGAAGUCGCCAACUGUCUGCAGAGUCAAUAGCUAAAGCCAAACUUUGUGUGACCUUCAGAGUAGCAAAACAACAGUGCAUAGAGAGCUUCAUAGAAUGGAAACCCAUGGUCGAGCAUCUGCAUCCAAGCCUUACAUCACCAAGUGCAAUGCAAAUGGUGUAAAGCAUACCACUCUAGAAU